AUGCCUAGUUUAGGAGGUUUAUUGAAGAAGCGGCGAACUAAAGAUUCGCAGACCCUCUCCAAAGAGCUCGAAGCCGGUUCGGCCCAGACGCAGACGUCACCAAACGCUGCCGAAGACAACGACACCCAACACCACCACCACCAUAAUCCUCUUCACCUUCUGCAUCACCACCACCACCACAACCAGGAUCAGCAGCAACAACAACAACAACAACAGCAGCAGCAGCAACCUGCCACCAAUUCCGCUCAGACUGCCGACCCCGCAAAUCAGCCGCAAAAUUUGGCCGCCAAUCAAGCCAAUCGCUCUUCCACUGCUGAUCAGCCAACCGACGCUCAACCAGCCUCCAUGCAAUCCGCCGUGUCGCAGGCUUCGCCUUCCCAACACACCGCCGGUGUCUCACAGUCCAGUGUCAAUGCCGCCAGCAUACAGAAUAUAAUUCACUCUUCCCAGCAGGGUUCGACGCACGCUGGCUCCGGCAGCCAGGCGCAGCAGAGCCAAGCCGCCCACCGGGACGCUCGCACCACUAAGGGAAAGUACUCUCUAGAUGACUUCAUUCUGCAGCGCACAUUGGGUACCGGCAGUUUUGGUCGUGUUCACCUCGUGCAGUCCAAGCACAACCAUCGCUUCUAUGCUAUCAAAGUAUUGAAGAAGGCGCAGGUGGUGAAGAUGAAGCAGAUCGAGCACACUAACGACGAGCGUCGGAUGUUGAACCGCGUCAGGCACCCAUUCCUGAUUACUCUUUGGGGCACAUGGCAAGAUUCGCGCAAUUUGUACAUGGUCAUGGACUUUGUGGAAGGUGGAGAACUUUUCAGUCUGCUGCGCAAGUCCCAGCGAUUCCCUAAUCCUGUCGCCAAGUUCUAUGCCGCCGAGGUGACUCUCGCCUUGGAGUAUCUGCACUCUCAACAGAUCAUCUACCGUGAUCUCAAGCCCGAGAACUUACUUCUGGAUCGACACGGACACCUGAAGAUCACUGACUUUGGUUUCGCGAAGGAGGUCCCGGACAUCACCUGGACCCUCUGUGGUACUCCUGAUUACCUGGCCCCAGAAGUCGUGUCUUCCAAGGGCUACAACAAAUCAGUGGAUUGGUGGUCACUGGGGAUUUUGAUCUUUGAGAUGCUCUGUGGUUUCACACCUUUCUGGGACAGCGGCUCCCCUGUGAAGAUCUAUGAGAACAUCCUGCGCGGUAGGGUCAAGUAUCCCCCUUACCUGCACCCGGAUGCUGUCGAUCUGUUGUCGCAGCUCAUCACUGCGGAUCUGACCAAGCGUCUGGGCAAUCUUCACGGAGGCUCUGAGGAUGUGAAGAACCACCCUUGGUUUGCGGAGGUCACUUGGGACCGCCUAGCUCGGAAGGAUAUCGAUGCUCCUUAUGUGCCACCCAUUCGGGGAGGACAAGGUGACGCCAGCCAGUACGACCGGUAUCCGGAGGAGACGGAACAAUACGGCAUGGCUGGAGAAGAUCCUCACGGCCAUCUGUUCCCUGACUUCUAG